UAAUAAUACACCCUCUACACGAAAUAUAUUCUCUCAUUUUCCCUUCUCCUUUUGGAUCCCCUCCCUUCUUCCUCAUAGAGAGCUCCAUUUGUUCUCCCUUCAACCAUUCCACCAGUUUAUCAUCAUUUUCCUCCCACCUUCUCUUGUUUUUUGAUUUGAUUUGAUUUUGGAUCCAUUUUAUUGGAACACCUUGUUUUGUUCAUUCACUGACAACAACCCUUGCAUCUGACAUCAACACAACAGGUGUGGAUAAAACAUCAUAAACCUUGAUUGAUCCAACGGCUAAUAUUUGUUGUGCACCAUAGAAUCAUAUGAGGGAUGGUUUUGUUGGGCGAAUGUUGCUUGAGUUUCAUCACACCUCGAUUUCUCCGCCCCAACUCCGAAUCGAACUCACUCUCAGAUUGUGUCGUUGAAAUAAAUGGCCACAGAAGAAGAAAAAGGGUGCAUUGUUUGCGCAGCUGUGAACUCUUAGAUUUUCAUAAGGAAAUAAUCCCUUACGAAAAAGCAUGGUGUUUGCAAAAAGACAUUGUUAGGGAAAAGAAAUCUGAAAUUGAAAAAGAAGGAGAUUGCAAUGAUACUCUUAUUGUAUUGCAACAUCCUUCAGUUUAUACAUUGGGUACAGCUAGUUCCAUCAACAACCUCAACUUUGACAUCAACAAUCCUCCCUUUCAUAUUCAUCGUACUGAACGUGGUGGAGAAGUUACCUACCAUGGCCCUGGCCAGCUAGUGAUGUAUCCGAUUAUUAACCUCAGAAGACACAAGAUGGAUCUUCAUUGGUACCUAAGGACUCUUGAGGAGGUUGUUAUUCGUGUCUUGUCUUCAACCUUUUCAAUUCAGGCUUCUCGGAUGGAAGGUUUCACUGGUGUUUGGGUUGGUGAUGAGAAAGUGGCAGCUAUAGGUAUAAGAGUGGCUCAAUGGAUAACAUAUCAUGGCUUAGCACUAAAUGUCACAACAGAUUUGAGUCCCUUUAAAUGGAUUGUUCCAUGUGGAAUACAUGGUCGUCAAGUUGGGAGCAUCAAGGGGUUGCUUAGAGAAGCUCAGUCAUCAUGUAAUAAUGCUCAUGGAAAAGCUGAUUUAGGUGGUUUGGAUGAUGAUAGUCUUAUUAAUAUUACUUAUAGGUCCUUAAUUGAAGAGUUCUCAAAAGUGUUUCAGCUUGAGUACUAUCAUAAAACUAUUUCUCUACCCAUGUUGUGUGAAAGUGAAGGAAAGGAAGUUAUUUAUACCAAAUAAACAGAAAAAAUUUGUGAUGCAAAUAUUAGUCCCUUUAUUUAGUUUUAAUUUUUUUUUUAUAGAUAUGGGGAGGCUAAAGCAUCUUCAAUCUUGCAAUCAAACACAAUUAUUACUCUA